AUGGCAUCUCAUGCGCCACUCAAAUUCAAAGGGAUACGGCCCGGCCAAGGGGUCAAGCCAGGAACCACCCUCCGGAUCCUUGGGGUUGGCGAUUCCAUCACAGUGGGGUUUCUCAGUGACAUAGAGGGAGGCGAUGGCAACGGCUACAGACUUAAGCUCCGAGAAGACCUGUCAAGUGGGUCAGUCCUCUUCUACGAAAUAAGAGAUAUCAUACUAACGAAUCCACAAGAGGAUAGAGUCGUUUUUGCUGGGACGGAAACCAUGCACGGCACGAUGCGUGAAGGGUAUUAUGCAGCGUGGAAUGGCAUGACUAUCAAGUUCAUGUCAGAUAAUAUCGGACCUUCUUUGGCCCAGAGACCUAAUAUCGUCCUCAUUCAUGCUGGAACGAACGACAUGAACCCGAAUCCAGACGUUGCUAGAGAAGGCAGCGAACCUCACGCCACGGCAGACCGUCUAGGCCACUUGAUCGACCAGGUCGUGCAGACCUGCCCAGAUGCCACAGUCCUUGUCGCCAAGAUCAUUGGCUGCUAUGAUCCAGUCCAGAUGGGCAAUAUUUCUCUAUUCAACGCGGUGAUUCAUGAUGUUGUUCAAUCCCGACAAAGCGCCGGUAAACACGUUCUCACUGUCGACUUCUCGAGCUUUCCAAUGAACGCACUGAGAGAUGGUAUUCAUCCUACCAACCAGGGGUACCGCUUAUUCGGCGACUAUUGGUACGAUUUUGUCACCCAGAUUCCGGAGGACUGGAUUAAAGAGCCUGUUGGAGAUGAUCCGCGUCGAUCUGGAGAAUUGCGCCGCGAUGCACCCGUCAAAGGAAGAUCUACCAGUUUGUGCGAUCGACUGUUCGGCCUGUUUUUCGGCAGGGAACCAGAGCUGGUGUCGAAAGCUUGA